AUGAGUCGCUACGGAGUGGGACAGCUCGAGGUUUUCUCCUCCUCCUGGUUUCAGUCGGGGAAGCCGGCAGUCUUCUUCCCCAUUGACGCCGCGAACUCCCUCGCGAACCCAGGGAUUGGCGACCUGAUUCUCAUCUUCGAGUACGUGCCCUGUGGGCCUGUGAGCCUCCUUGGGGUGCAGGUGCCCUUCGAAGCUUUGCACGCGGGUCAGAUCUUGGUCCCGGGCAUCCGAUGCGACGCCGCCGGGAUUCCCGCUGAGAUCUGCGAGGUGACGCCUCCUCCGCGACCGAUCAAGGUCCACUUCACCGGGCGAGCAGCGGGAAAAGACACCGAUUUCUUCGAAGUCAGCGACGUGCAGUGCACCGAUGCCCCGGAUCCCUGGGAGGUGGGGCCCAACCAUUGGACCUUCGUUCCGCUGCAGUUCAAUCAGAACAAGGCCGAGCGAUCUCCUUGGGUAAGGGCCGACACCACCACGACGAACAUCGCAGACGAGAUGGGGGAGACCUUGCUGGGUGCCAGCGAGGAUGACAUAUACAUCGAGGACGAUCGAUCGAUCAGCUUGCAUCUCCAGCACGGAGUGGACCAGAUGGAGAAGGUCUUGAAAGACACCUGGAACUGCGUGAAAUUAGCCUCGGCCUUCCUGGACGGCUCCUCGCCGGAUGAGCUUUGCUUGGCCUUUGAGGGCACCCACUCCUGUGAGGCCGUCAUCGCGAAGGAGAAGGUGAUCGAGCGACGGAUCAAUGCCGGAGUGCGUAUGUUCGGUUUCAUUCUCAUGUGGCAGAGCUUCAACAUGAUGUUGCGACCGCUGACAUGGGUGCUGUCUUUCCUCUGGAUCCUGGGCACGGUGAUCUUCUUCUUGGUCCACGCCGGCACCUUCCUCUGUGCCUGCUUCUUCUCGGGCUGCACUAUGGGGACAGCGUGGAUCUUCUAUCGCCCCUCAUAUGGUCUUUUGGUGUUUUGCGGGCCUCUGCUGGUACUAUAUCUUCGGUACAUGCGGGCGACUGCGCAGCCUUUCUGA